AUGAAUACCUACUAUUGUUACUUUACAGAAACGGAGCCUGACGAGUAUCGCUUCUUGGAUUUUUACCAAUACCGUAGUAGACAAAUAGAUUUACUUUCUCCUUUCAAAAGGAGGCUGACAUACUUUGGAUUUCCUGAUGAAAUAUGGGAGGUUUCCAGCAGUCCCGAGAAGGAUAAAACUCACACAACUACGUUGGGCAUCUACUUGAUGCUCAUCUUUUGGUCUUGUCCGUUGUGGUCUGUCACAGACAGUAUGGAAGACUUCCAGGAGUCUCGAGAAGGGAAGCAUCGAUUACAUCAGGAUGUCAAUAACUUUUGGAAUGAAAUCGAGAUAAUGUGUUACAAAAAUGAACAGAAACGUCUAGAAUCAGAAAGAGCUACGCGGACUACACAAAAUAUGAUGGAGAACUUGGGCGAAGAAACUGUCGAAGAAGCCGAGAAUGCUCGCAAGAGAUCAUGUUCUGAGUUCACUGAAUACGAACAAAUGAUUAAGAUUAUCAGUAUUAUCGACACCACCGAAUUCAAGCUAUCCGUGCAACGGAAGUGGAACAAACUGAUAACGAUUCGACAUUCACGACGAAGAAUCCCUCUCUACUCCCUUACAAAUGCUUUCUCCGAGACUUCUUCGCAACAAUCUGAUACAAAUAUAGGAAACUCUACAAUUAUCCUGCCGGGUGAAAAACUCAUGUUUAAUGGUGUAAGUAUUGGAUCCGCGUACUCAGAUAUGAAGAAAAUGAAGAAAACCGAAGUGGCGAAGACAAAUCAACUUCGUGACAAGAAUAGUGAGGCCAUCAAUUUUGCUUUUUACGAAGUGGAUGAUUUGAAAACUUUAGGAGAAUGUUUGGUUGAAAAUCAAAUAAAUAUUUCUACUGCGUCAAACGAUCUUAUCUAUGUGCAGAACCUAUUUUACCACUUUUUCUUUUUAUAUAAAAACGACUUCUUAACUCAAAAUAUGUACAAAGCGUAUGGAAAGUUAAAAGAACUUUUGGAAAUCGGUGGCCGUAGUGCUCCAAAACUAGACGGAAAAGACUUAAUCAAAUAUUUGGGAACUGAAAUUUUGGCUCAGGAGGACGGUGUCCGAAACACGCGGAGUAAAAGAAAAGGCGAUCUGCAAAAGCUAGAAUAUUGUUCGAAAGUCAUUUUAACGACUCAGUUUUUCACGUUACCUUCAACUGCUAAAGGCAGAAUCACGAAUAUUGAAACAUACAGCCUACAAUCAAACGGAUUCCGUCUAACAGUCUCUGUAUCAAAGUAUCUGUUUGAAGAUACUGUCAUAAUGAUGGACGUGCAAGACGUGGAAAUCCCACGGACUGUCGACGGCUUUUCAAAUCUAGUAAUGGCCGUAAAGGUGAUUUUAUCAUGGAAGGCACGUACUAGAAGGAACACAAUGGCAUUCUAUGAAGCGCUAAAGAAAGGUCGUAAACGUAUAACAAAUGGUGUUCAUUAUUCAACUAAAAGGUACCUUCAAUGCGGGAUCAAGAUUCUGCAUCACGGACUAGAUGCUUUACUAUAUAAUUUAUUAACCAUUAAUCAAAUGGAUGGACGAGAUUUUCUAGUAUCAGUUUUCGAGCAAACUCAUAAAAGUAACAAAUCAAUAUCACGACCACACACACCUACAACAUCAGAUAUAGGAUCUCUUAUAAAUUCACCUGAAACAUCACCUGUGGGUUCACCGGUAGUGGAACCUAUAAAUUCACUUGCAAUUCCUCCAGUAGAAUAA